AUGCCACCUAAACCAUCACACUCAGUCACUGGAACAGAUCACAACGACUCUAUUAGCGUCGAUUGGUCCAAGUGCCUUGGCUGCCAAAUGUGCACCACAAAGUGCACAUUUGAUGUUCUUGAGAAAGGAAAGCCAAAGUGCCCACCACAAGUCCACGCGACACGACCCAAUCCAGAAAAAGAAAACACCGACACCACAAGAGUCUUGUUGAAAGACACUGACUGCGUCGGCUGUGGUCAAUGCACAUCUGCUUGUAACUUUGGUGCCCUCAAGCCAAUUGAUCCAUUUGACGCCAUCAUGGAGGCAAAAAAGAACGGAAAGACUUUAGUUGCUAUGCUUGCGCCAUCCACCCGUCUUGGUGUUGCCGAGUGCAUGGGCAUGCCGAUUGGAACAACUGCUUUGGCCCAAUUAGUCUUGUCCUUGAGAAAGAUUGGAUUUGACUACGUCUUCGAUGCAGACUACGCUGCUGAUAAGACCACUUUUGACGACCAUGCUGAGAUCAUGGAGAUGAGAGAAAAGCAAUGUGGACCAGCUAUUACAUCAUGCUGCCCAGCUUGGAUUGAAUUGCUCGAGAAAGAGUACCCAGACUUGAUCCCACACGUCUCUACUGCCAAAUCACCAAUCGCUUGCCUUGCUGCUUUCGUCAAGAGAGCGUGGGCUAAGGAUGUCAAACUUGAACCAGAGAAUAUUUACACUGUUGGUAUUAUGCCAUGUGUUGCUAAGAAAGUCGAGGCUGCUCGUCCACAACUUCAUCAGGACUAUGACGCGUCUGUCACCUCUGUUGAGGUCUCCAAUUACUUCAAAGCCCACUUAGCAGACGAAGACAAGAAAUUCACUGAAGCCAGAGAAGUUGAAGUUGAAAAAACAGAACAAGGACUUUGCGAUUUGCCAUUCAGAAAGAUUUCAGGAGGAUCAAACAUCUUUGGAAAGACCGGAGGAGUUGCUGAGACAGUCUUCAGAGUCAUUGCCAAGAAUGCGGGAGUUCCAUGGAAUGAAGUUAAGAUCACUAAAGAGGAGAUGUUUAAGCAUGCAAGUGGAUCGACAAUGACAAAAGUUGUAGUAGACCUCAAGGGUACCAUUGUGAAUGGUAUUGUAUGUCACGGUGGCUUUGCUACUCGUAAGGCAUGUGACAUGGUAAGAAGUGGCGAGUUAACUUCUAAGAACUGUGACGUCAUCGAGAUUAUGGCGUGUCUUGGAGGAUGCCUUGGAGGUGCAGGCCAACCAAAGAUACCCCCAGCGAAGAAAGCUGAGAUGGACAAGAGACGAGUCAAGUUGGAUGACUUGGAUGAAAAAGCCGAAUUCAAAGUAGCCAAUGAAAACACAGACAUGUUAGAGUUUGUCAAGAGUCAUUUUGAUGCUCAUAGUGAACAUGAGCAUUUGCACACAUUCUACAAGGCUCGAUACGAAAAAUAA